GUGAUGAUGUCAGCAGCCUCUGUUGUUGCGGAAGCUGCUGCUGCUGCCGCCAUUGCUACUCCUGCUGUUUCUUGCUGCUGCUCACUGGAACCACAUCAUUGGCCGGAUUUCUUUGAUAGACCCACCUUCCAAAACUUUCUCACCGACGCUGGUUCCUGCCCAAUUCCGAGGCCACCGGAAGUUGUGAAGGGACUUGGGCGUCCAUAAUCUUACUCCUUUUGCCAUUCCAGUUUUCUUUCCGUUCUUUGUUCGUCUCUUCAACCUGAGAUUUCAAGACGUCCUUGUCUUACUCUUCUUGUUCCAGCAAAGAAGAUAAGAGAAGGAAGCAUCAACCCGGAACUGCUGGUGCUUGGCCAUCUCAUGUCAAACACGAUAGCCCUGAAGCUCGCAGACUUCAACCCGAAGCAUCCCUCGGUGCUCAUCGAUCACAUUUAAUCGCAUGAGUAUAGCCACUUCUUGAUCACCUGCAAAACGUAUCACCUUGCUCGGCCAACCGGAUCUGUUUCGAUCGACAAAUCUCAUUCAAAAUGGAAUUUCAAAGAGUUGAUGACGAUCCGGAAAUGGAAUACCAGACUGAAGCGAGCGAGCUGGGUCCCGUUCACCCUCCGGCAGCCGAAGCCAAGCGCUCGCUGCGCCAUGCUAACGUCUACGAUGCCGUCGCAGGUCGGAUCACUUUUGAGAGCAAAUCGGAUGCCGCCGUCAAGGACGGGAAGUGGCCCGACACCAAUUCCAAACCGCCCAAGCUGAGCAGACAUCCCGUCAACGCUUCUGCCCUGGCCCCCGAGGAGGUCCUGUUUCGCCGCAAGGCCGCACCUGAGCGCUUUGCCGAGUUCGACAUCUACAUGGCGCACGAGCGGAACCUGUUGGCUGACAGCCCUGCAUCGCUGCCAGACUCUGACCUCCUCAAGUCUAUCCACUCAUACACCAGCCACUUCUACUCUGCCCUGGGCGGUGCCGAGCGCAAUCUCUCGUACCAAGUCGGCCGCCGAAACAUUGAUGAGAGAAGCAUGGACGAGUCGGCUCUGCUGGCCUUUGGCAUUUUGCUUGAAGAAGCCGGCAGAGAUGUAUUGGGAAACAAAGGAGACAUGGUCUUCACUGAAGGCCUGGAAAUCUCCUCAAACGCCAACCCAUCUUCGGAACCACGCACUGCCGCCGACCCCUCGAGUCAACCUUUGGCCGCCCACUCGAGCCCCCAUCAGUCGUCUGUUGACUUCGUCGACCAUGGCUCAUGGAAAAGGGCCCCCAAACGCCGAAAAUUUACGACCGAUCUCGACGACUUCUAGAGUCCCGCCAGAUCUUGCUGUGUUCACGCCGUUGGCUCCGAUGCCCAACGCCUCAAAUCGAAGCCCCUGACGAUUGUUGGCUUGUUGGUACUUUUUCUGUUGGUCGCCGUUGCCAACAUCCCGCAGAAAAGAAUGGAACUUCGCUGGUUGAUCAGGAAAUAAUCGUACCACGGCUGGCAGAUGGUACCACAAUGUACCAAAACAUCUGGUGACCUGCACCAUACCAAGCCCUGUUUACUCCUGAAAAUUUGGACCACAAACAUAUCAGCCUGCAAAGUCAACGUCACUCGAAGCACCGCUUUAAUAAACCCGAGUGCGUGACUUGCAGAGGGCUCUACGCCCGAGCCUAGCCGACCAAUUCCAACUACACAAAUCUGCUAGUCGCCAGCUGCUUUCCAUCCACCAACCCCAUUCCUACGACAGAUCGAGACGGGUUUGGCCAUUGGACCACUACAAUAGCCUGUUGAUUUGGGCAAGUGCAAUCAGAGCUGUUUAGCUAACGCGCCCACUUACAUUUGGUUGUCUUUCCUCUGUCGUCGCAGCCAGAUCUGCGCGCCUGAACCCAGAGAGAACGUUCUUGGGGCACUUGGUUCCUUGACUGUUACUGCUACGAUUGGAGAAAUGACGUCGCCGGCACGCGCUGGACGCUUCUCUUUUCAGCUUGCUCUCGGCUAAUAAACAGUUGUUGGGAGGCCACUCACGUCGUGCAAACACAGCGCAGACCGGGACAAACCUGGAAGUUGUUUGCUUUGACCCCUCGAUGGUGGUGGCCCCCGCCGGUUUGCGCGUCAACUGCUGAUUGAUACAGUCUGUUAUUAGCCGUUUUUGUAUCACACAAUUUAGACGCAAAGGAGUUUGGCGAACCAGGAGACGUCGUGCCACCGGUCUCCCAUCAAAUUGCGAAGCGGUGGAUAUGGCUGGCGAGAACAGCACUUCCAUACGUGUGGGACGCUGACGUUGCCGGCCUCGACAAGAACGAUGUCAUCCAUGGAUACAAACGUCGGCAGUACAGCGGAUCUUCUCUCGCCUCCCGGUCAAUUGCUGAGCCCCGAAUGGAGGUAACAUGACAGAAAUAGCAACGCUCCUUGCGGUUCGUUCGUUGCACACGGCUUGCGGCGUCCCGUUAAGAGCGAGGAGCUCGCCACUAGGACUCAAGCAUGGCAGCAACAGCUAUUUUGCAAGAUCUCACAGUACUUGCUUUUGACAGCCAUUUUGGUCUGCGGCCCAACAGUUACUCGUUGUCACUGUACUUGCGGCUCGACAGACAUGCCACGCAUGCCACUGACAAUACAAAUCCAGCCACCAACGGUGUGCAUUCAUUCGGGUCAAGCGCCUUCACACGCCGGACGAUCCGGUCGUCGUUACAAAGUUUUCAUUUGGCAGAGAUGGCCGACGCCCUGAUACAAGUGGAAGCCUUCGUUCUUCAUCCUGCUUCGGACUCAGCGUUGGGGACCUAACGAGAUAAUGACUGAAACAAACACAAAGCGAGCGACCAAAAUCGAACCUAGGUCGCUGGCCUCAAAGCCCAGCCAACUUGCCUGCGAUGAUUUUUUCGAGAUCCGAGAAGACCUCUCUGGACUCUUCGUGUCUGUUAUUGACCGGAUACUCCCAUCAAGUGACGCCCGGCGCAUCGGGCCCGAAGUGGAGGUGGACACGGGCGUGUGUGGCUUUCCUGAUGUCGGUGUGGGGGAUUCAUCCGGUACGCAGCCCGAUCAUUUCCUCCGGUCCUGCAUGCUGUUGGGCGAAAGGGGCUUUUCUCGACGAUAUCGGUAGCGAAACAACAUUGAAGGAUCCGUUUCUCGUCCAGUAGAGGUAGCAGAGUGUAGCAACCAAGGCCGCAGAGCCAUGCCCUCACAUCAAGUUUGCCGGCAUCGGACAGCAAGUCUCUGGUCCAGGGGAUCAUUUGAAAUGGCAUUUGAGGAAGAAUUUGCUGAGGCCACCC